GUCACUUGUCAAUGUCAGCUGUUAUUUUCAACUUUAGAUUUAUUUACAAAUUGAAAAAAAUUACAACUUUUUAAUAUUGCAAAUUUAUCUGGCAUUGUGAAUUAGAGCUGCUUAUUUCUAAACAAUGGCCCAAAGUGCUCCCCUUGUGUUAAGACUGCUAGCUUGCUCUGCCUCAGCAGCUACAAGAGCAGGCUCCAUUAUUAAAGAUGUAAUGACCAAAGGAGAUUUGGGUAUUGUAGAAAAGGGUAGUGGUAAAAAUGACCUACAAACAGAAGCAGAUAGGUCUGCACAGAGGUGUAUUGUCGCCUCUUUACUGAGACUCUUCCCUGAUGUAACUGUUAUUGGAGAGGAAGGCUGCUGUAAUACAUCGGAUGAGGUCCCACCUGACUGGAUAGUAACUGACUUAGACAGUGGUGUCCUUUCAAGUCAGUGCCCCCCAGAAUUUGAAAAAGUCGACCCCAAAGAUAUUGUCAUAUGGGUGGAUCCACUAGACGGUACAUCUGAGUACACACAAGGGUUACUGGAUCAUGUGACGGUUCUUGUGGGGCUCGCGGUGAAGGGUAAGGCAGUGGGUGGUGUCAUACAUCAACCCUAUCACGAAUAUAAGGUUAAAAAGGAGUGCAGUGGUAGAACCCUUUGGGGUCUUGUGGGUCUGGGAGUUGGAGGCUUUACACCCACGAGUCCCCCUAAAGAUAAGUUUAUUGUAACAACCACGAGGCAACAUGCAGAUGAUGUUGUUAAUAAGACUCUUGAGGUUUUACAUGCUGACGAAGUGCUUAGGGUUGGAGGAGCUGGACAUAAGGUUUUGAUGCUGUUGGAGGGUAAGGCGCAUGCCUACGUUUUCGCUAGUAAGGGAUGCAAAAAAUGGGACACUUGUGCUCCCGAGGGCUUACUCAGGUCAUUAGGGGGUGUACUUACGGAUAUACAUGGACGGGAGUACAAUUAUUCUAAGGACGUGUGCUUUCCAAACGCCCAAGGGAUAUUUGCUACCUCUAGAUAUGUAAAUCACCAGGAAUUGAUUAAUAAAAUUCCACAAGAAUUGAAAGAUAGAUUUCCUUACUGACCAAUACUCUUAGGUCUUAAACAAUUUAUAAAAAGAUUUUUUUUUUAAAUUAAAGAAUAAUUAACUUUUAGUAGGAAAUAAAUUUAUUAUUUGGAA